AUGCUGCCCAAGGAAAUCAGCAAAAAACUUUGGAGAGGAGUCAUUGCCUCUUUGAUGAUCAAAGAAGAGCCACCCGAUGCUCAAAUCCAAUCUCACAUGAACCGCAAUGGAGAUCUUGCCCAAGGUCAAGAAGUUUUGAGGAUGAAACUUUUCCAAGGGAGAGGGUAUGAUGAGGUCAUAGUACCAGUAGGUGAAACGGAGCUCCAUCAAACGUGCACAAACCGCAUAGGACACUACAAGGACACAUAUGCCUUUCUUGGAGCAUCUAAAAUCAACCACGAAUAUUCAGAGCAUGAAACCACUUGGGAAACAUUCUCAGAUCACCUACAGAUCGCCAACACUUCGAAUCAACCCAAUCGGAGUUAUGACGAAGGAGAUAUUCAGUUUGCAAGCUUGUCGCUCAAUAAAAACACAAUCCACACCACAACAAACAAUUAUGAAGGAGAAUUCGAUAAAGACAGGCCGUGGUGCGAAGAAACCGACUCUCAAAUCAGUUUAGUAGAAACUGAUCCGUUUGAUGAAGAACCUUGGAACAACAAGUCUGAACCACGAGAUAGCGUUGGUGAUGAAUUGAAGUUUGAAGAGGAGGCCGAGCCCUUCAACAACACUAAUCAAUCUGAAUCGUGGGAGUACUUAACGGAGGAUGAGAUAGAUUUCGAACCCUGUCACAUAUGUUUCGCGAGUCAUCACCAAGGACCAGAAGCUUACUUGAGAUGGGAAAGAGAUAUGAAGAAUUGGCUGCAAGCCAACCAAAUCCCUGAGGAGGAGAAAACGUCUUAUGCCGAAGAUACUCUCACCGAAGACGCUUUUAGGCAAUGGAAACAAGACGCGUAUGCUCGACUUGAGUAUGAUGUACCUGAUGCUUCUUGGGAAGAGAUGAAACAAAUAUUGCGUAAAGAAUUUGUGGAGGAUGCUGACUGCAAAAGCAAUAUAAAGAUUUAUACAAAUCCCGAGCCAAGAAGAUGGAUUCUAGCAACAAAGCCGAAUCCGAAAGCAAAGGAAAAGAAAGCUUCAUGUCCGGAGCCAAAGAAAGUGUUUACAAGCACUAUAGAGGAGAAGACUGUAGAUGCAUCAAGAUUUGCAUCAAGUAUCAAUGGAGGAACAAGAUUUCUGAAGAAGCCCUGUGUCACUCAGGAUCCAACACAGAAGUCAAAGAGUUAA